CGGAACACGUGGGGACGUUCUUACCGUUCAUUUUGAAGGUGAAGCAUCUACCAGCCGGACUCCAUACAACCUGAAGAUGUCGACUGUGUCUGCAGCCAGCAUGGAGUCUGCUCCUGUGACUGAGAGCACUGAGCAGAAGAAGCCACUGAAGCCAUGCUGUGCUUGUCCGGAAACAAAGAAAGUCAGAGAUGCUUGCAUCAUUGAAAAGGGAGAGGAAAACUGUGCAAAACUAAUUGAGGCACAUAAAGAUUGCAUGAGGGCACUUGGAUUCAAGAUUUAACCACUCCAUUUUGUGUGUGUGUGUGUGCUGCUGUGUGAGUGGAGGACAAACCUGGAUUUUCCUUUCUUCUCCCUUCCCCCUUAUUUAUACCUCUAUGUGAAGGGAAAUGUGGUGAUCAUGCACUUGGGCUCUGAUGGGUUUGAUCUCUUUGUGAAAAUUGUUUUUUAAAGUCUUCAAAAUUUUGAGAAGUUUGACUGUCUGAAAUUGAAUAAAAGUUCUAUGCAAUAAGA